CUCGAACAGCUGAUUGUUGUGAGAAGAGCAUCAGUCUCUCAGCUGCUGCAGGAGGAUCUGUGAACAUCAGCUGCAAAUACCCACAAUCCCACAGUGCUGAUGUGAAGUUUGUCUGCAGGAGAUCUGGAUCUGAUCUCUGUGCUGAAGAGACGUCUGUGGAGGAGAGCAGAAGAUGGAGCGCUGAGGGACAGAUGCAGCUGUAUGAUGACAGAGAGCAGCAUCUCCUGACGGGAACCAUCAGUCAUGUGACUCAACAACAUUCAGCUGAAUACUGGUGUGGAGUUCAGUCUGAUCAAGGACACAAGAGCUUCAUCACUCGAGUCCUCAUCAGCGUUACAGAUGUUUCAGAAACAACUUCACCACAACCAUCACCAUCACCUUCAUCAUCACCAUCAUCAUCUUCAUCAUCAUCGUCAUCAUCAUCAUCUUCUUCUUCUUUCUCAUCAGUCAGGACUCCACUGAUCACAGGAGUUUCUAAAUCGUCUCCAUCUAGUUUUACACCAGCAGGCUCUUCUCUGAUCGUCUCUCUGGUUCUGGUUCUUCUGGUUCUGAUCAUCGUUGGUCUCUUAUUACUGUUUCUCUGUAAGAAGCAUCAGUCUCGAGGCAGUGAUUCGUCAUCUCAGACUGGAGCAGGAAAGCCUGAAGCAGUUUCUCACACUGGAUGUGAUUAUGAGGAGAUUAAUGACUCUCACAGACAAUUACCCACAAACCCCUCUGAUUCACCUUGUUAUUUUUGUGAUGCUCUUCUGCUGUAUAUUUAA